AUGCGCUUCCUAAUCCCCCUCGCGCUUCUCGCUCUCGUCGGCGCGCAGGACACCACCAGCUCGGCCACAGACCCGUCCAGCUCUGACUCUGACUCCCCCGCUCCGGCUCCUACCGACUCCGGCAACGACGGUUUCACAGCGCCUGCCGAGCAGGACCCCAACCUCCCCUGGAACAUCACGUACUUCAUCGUGCCGACGCGCAACAACUACUUCGCGAGCGGCACGAGUACCUGGACCGGCAAGAUCCAGGGCUACAACCCUGGUAAUAACUUUAUGCUUCAGCUCACUGCUGCCGGCAACCCCGACCAGAAGUUCGCCCAGUCUCAGGGCUUCUGGAUCAAGCCGAAUGGCACCGCCAUGCCGCAGCAGGUCGCCGGCGUUCCCCCCUCGACGCCCCUCACCAACGCUGGUACUCCUGCUGGUGCGCCUGGCGCUCCCGGCAGCCCCCUUCCCGACGGCACCAGCUCGGACCAGCAGGUGCCCAACGUUCCCAACGCUGUUCCUGGCGCCACAUCCGCCGCAUCGACCGUGUCCGUCGCCGGCGGACUCCUCCUCGUCGCUGCAGGCCUCGCUCUCUGGCUCUAA